UUUAGCAAGUUCGAACCGAAAAAAUAUUGACGAAUUUUGUGAAAGUUUUUACUGCUCCAUUCGGGUUAUUCGCGUUGAAAGAGAUUUCGAAGGCUGUUCGCACCUACGUGAACUCUCAUAUGCAAUUGUCAAAAUGUGCGUGAUGACAAAAGCAAAAAUAUUUCCUUCCUUUUUUUUCGCAUGCAAAAACCAAACAAAUAUCAGCAACACCGUCAACGCGAAUUGAGAAGCUAAAAUGAGUGAAAAAUAGAGCAUAUUCACGACACAAUCAAAUGAGUACCUACAGUCUAAAAAUGAUGGGAGAAUUCACUCCAACAACGAAGGUAGAAGAACUUACAAUACCCGGGGCUCUAGCUACGGAACAGAAAAUCUCGCUCGCCAGUAGCGAUAGAUGCUCCGGCACACCGACUGUUACAAACGCCUUGAGGGAAGAUUCAGCUGAUGUAAAACAAGAACCUUUGACGGACAUCACCGAUGAAGUUCAAACUAAGCCAGCUUGUGACAUCGGUGAUCAUCCACCGAAAAAGUACGUUUGUGAAUUUUGCAACAAGGAAUUAACCACAAAAUAUAGCUUGGCGGAUCAUAGAAGAACACACACCGGGGAACGACCUUUUGGGUGUGAUAUCUGCAGUGAAACAUUUAGAACAGUUCAACGUCUGCAAUAUCAUAAGCGUGCUCACACUAAGGACCAAGAGUUCAAGUGUGUCAUAUGCAAGGAACGGUUUUCGCUGAAAUCACAUCUUGUGUCACACAGGAAAAAGCAUAGCUCAGAUUACCCUCAUAAGUGCUCAAUUUGUGAUCAAAGAUAUUCAUGUAAGUGGCGUCUCACAGAACAUAUGCGCGCUCACAGCGAUGAGCGACCCUUCAAAUGCGACAUCUGUAACAAAUCGUACAAGAGAACUAGAGCUUUAAAGCGUCAUAUCUGCGAAAUAAACGAUCCCUCCUCAAACAACUCAGAUGGUUCAAAAAUGCGCCAAACCGGUGUCGAUGAUCAACCACCAAAAAAGUAUGUUUGUGAGUUCUGCAAUAAGGAACUGACCACAAAAUACGGCUUGGACGAUCAUAGAAGAACGCAUACCGGGGAGCGACCUUUUACGUGUGAUAUCUGCAGCAGAACAUUUCGCACAUCAGUACGUUUGCGGUACCACAAGAGUGCUCAUACAGAAGAUCGGAACUUCGAAUGUGAAAUAUGUAAGCGAUGUUUCUCCGUGAAAGCAAAUUUAACGGUCCACAUGAAUAUACACCGCACAGAUUGCCCUCAUAAAUGUCUGAUCUGCGAUAAAACAUACGCUAGUAAUUCUGGUCUCGUAGAACAUAUGCGCGCUCACAGCGAUGCGCGACCCUUCAAAUGCGACAUUUGUGACGCAACGUAUAAGAGACGUACUAAUCUGAAAGACCAUAUGAAGAUCCAUAAGGUUGAUCUCCCUUCAGGCAACACAGACGGGUUGGAACCAAACCAGACUGAUAUAAGCCAAAACAAUGAAUCCGAGAAAUACACCUGCGACAUAUGCGGUGAACAGUACAAACAAAUUAGACGACUUCAACUACAUCUGAAAUUGCAUCAAAGCACUACUGUGACUGCUAAUAUCAAAACUCACAACGCGCAGCGGUACGAGUGUGAGAUUUGUGGAAAAGGAAAUCCGGAUAGAACAUCGCUCAGAGUUCAUAUGCAUUGUCACACUGAAGAACGGCCUUACAGCUGCGACAUUUGUGGUUCAUCAUUCAAGUCAACUAAAGAUUUGAAAGUCCAUAAGAAAAUACACCUCCCAGAGAAACCCUGCGAAUGCGAAAUUUGCGGAAAAAGAUUUCUUUUUCCUACUAAGCUAAGGCAGCACAUGCUUUGCCACACUGAUGAACGGGCUUUCAAAUGCACCAACUGCAGCCUAUCAUUCAAGUCAAAAUAUAACCUGAGCAAUCAUGUUUUGAAUAUCCACAAGCAAAACCAGUCGGAGCGUUCGUACGAGUGCUCGUUUUGCCAUAAACGAUUUACAUCAAAACAAAGCCUGCGGGAACAUCAGGUUUGUCACUCUGAAGAUCGACCUUACAAAUGCGAAAUUUGCGUUUUAACAUACAAGACACAACGUGCUUUACGGGAGCACAAAAAAACACAAAUGCAUCUCAAGCGCAAAUUAAUCACAAAUGAAAAUUGACAAUGAAAUUUCAGGUCGAUUCGUUACUUGCAAAUUAUUAGGGUGAAACCACAUACAUAAGACAUACGUAACACUCAGGAAGAAAUCUUCCAAAAAAGUUGGUACAAAAUAAACUACUCGAAAGUACCAACCUCUGUAAGAAAAACCUCUGUUUGAGUUGGUUUUGAAGGCAGUGUACCUGCGCAGCCCUGCAUUUGUCUCGUUCCUACUCGAAAAAUGCUGCAUUGAUUUUGUAAAUAACUUUUUGACAGUUCCUCAUGGGAUUUUCUUUGGGGCUCGAUAAGGCCGAGAAAAAGAAAAUUCAUUUUGUUCAUUAUUUAUCGAGCAGUUUGACAGGGCGAGGUACGGAGUACUAUGGGGCAACGUGUACCAGAAAAAAACGCCAGUGUUACGUAUGUCUUAUGUAUGUGGUGAAACCACAUACAUAAGACAUACGUAACACUCAGGAAGAAAUCUUCCAAAAAAGUUGGUACAAAAUGAACUACUCAAAAGUAUCAACCUCUGUAAAAAAAUUUCUGAGUUGUUUUUGAAGGCAGUGUUCCUACGCAGCCCUGCAUUUGUCUCGUUCCUACUCGAAAAAUGCUGCAUUGAUUUUGUGAAUAACUUUUUGACAGUUCCUUAUGGGAUUUUCUUUGGGGCUCGAUAAGACCGAGAAAAAGAAAAUUCAUUUGGUUCAUUAUUUAUCGAGCAGUUUGACAGGGCGAGGUACGGAGUACUAUGGGGCAACGUGUACCAGAAAAAAAAAACGCCAGUGUUACGUAUGUCUUAUGUAUGUGAUGAUACCACCACAUACAUAAGACAUACGUAACACUCAGGAAGAAAUCUUCCAAAAAAGUUGGUACAAAAUGAACUACUCGAAAGUACCAACCCCUGUAAAAAAAACCUCUGUUUGAGUUGUUUUUGAAGGCAGUGUACCUGCGCAGCCCUGCAUUUGUCUCGUUCCUACUCGAAAAAUGCUGCAUUGAUUUUAUAAAUAACUUUUUGACAGUUCCUUAUGGAAUUUUCUUUGGGGCUCGAUAA